AUUAAUAAAUAAUUGUUUGAUUGGUUUUGUAAAAUUCGGGCGCGUGGGAAUUCACGCGCCGUCGUGGAACCCGCGCAAUUAUGACAGUUGAGUGUUUUGGACAAAAAAGUUUUACCCAACGUUUAGGCCUUUUUGACCAUGAAUAUCACGUGUAUAAUCUGUAGCGAUUUAAUUUUACCAACGUCCGAUAUUUACACCACACCGUGCGGUCACAUUUUCCACUAUGCUUGUCUGAUUCAGUGGCUCGAAAGGGCCCAAAGUUGCCCCCAAUGCAGGCGCAAAACCACGGAAAAGUCCGUGCAUAGGGUGUACCUGAACGUAAAUAAUGCCGAGGACGACACUGAUCCAGCGACAUUGCAGUACAAAAUCGACGGUUUGCAGUUUCAGUUAACACUCAAAGACAAAGACGUGCAAAAUUAUUCGGCGAAAUACCAAAAGGCCAAGGGCCAGCUACUAGCUUUAAGAACGGAGGUACAAGAACUAGAAAGUAAGGCCAGAACGCAUGAUUCUAUCGUAAAUGCCUUGAAGGACCAAAUAACGUAUUUUAAAGAGAAGGCGAAAGAGAAGGAGAAGCUGUCAGAGGCGUACAUGAAGCUUAAGAACACGGUCAAGAAAUACGAAAGUGUUGAGAGGGCCAUUAGCGGCACCAGAGAGGCGGUGACUGAAAUGAUCAAGAACGAAAGUGAUAUCGAAUCCCUGGCACUUUUGGCAGCAACGUUAAAAAAAACUUUAAUUGACGUUGAGGAACGGAAAUUAAAUGCGGAACAUAGGAUUAAGCAAAUGCAAACUGAACUAACUAAAUAUAAAAGGGAUAAUGCUUCACUCCGCUCACAAGUUCAAGAAUUAAGAAACAACGAAGAACGACGUGCCUUGGAAGACAAGGAAGAAAAUGCAACCAAAAAAGUCAAUUCUCCCGAUAAAAGUCUCAUUUUUCAAUCAGUUGACGAUACUUCAAUUGACUCGCCAUCAGUUGUGAUAAAACACGUUGAAGAUAUUUUAAAAUCCACCUCCCCGUACCUGUCUCUGAAAUCAAGUGGCUUCAAUUUGGACAUGGUUUCAAGUUCCAAGCUGCGCUCAAACGUGAACCAAAAGUCCAUUUUCAAAAAACCUUUGGCGGCCAUGCCACAAAGGCCCAAAGCCGACGACCUCGUCUACAACGGCUUGGGCGGCCACAGCAGGGAAGAGGUCUUUCCUAGACCAUCAAUGGUCAGCCUGAAACGACGCAGGUGUGAACCCAGCAGCACCUUAGUCAAAUCACGAAGACUGGCACCGAAUAAAAAAUGAUUGUUUUUUUUGUAUACUUUAUUUUGUUUAUUUGGUAUGACAAUAUAUAUUUAAAAUAAGUCA